AUGGGAGCUGCGGUACCAGUUCCUUUAACACCAUCACGACCCGUAAGGUCUUAUGAGCAAGGACUGCAGUAUGUCACCACCCCUCGACCAGCUGAGCUUCCCGGCGAUUCCACGCUAUUUCAUAAUAAAGCUUCGACUGUCCACCAAUCAAAAUCUCCCAAUGGUACAUCUAUCGCUCCUUCAACUCCACCAAAGUUUCCACACAGAGAUCCCAAGCUGAGCGGAAAAGAAACCACUAGGCAUGUUUAUGCUGAGCCGGAACGUCCUCAAGGUAAAACGAGCCUUGAUGGAUCAAUACAGCCACAUUGGUCAAAUUAUGACGGCCAUAUCUCAAAUCAUAGUUCUGAGCUUCAUGGAGCGGUUCUAUCCCCUUCUACGCCAGCUACAGCAGGACCCUGCGGCGGUAAUCGGCAGAUUUUCCCACCCUCGAUCCCUAAACUUCGAAACAAAUUGGUUACAACGCCAACCAAGAAUUGGGUCGAGCCUCCAUCAAGCUUUUCCACGCCGACGAACUCUACUUCGCCCAACACAAAUUCCAGCGGUACACAACCUACUCCAAAUAACUGGAUCGAGCCGAUAUCCGACGCCACCACUGGAAAUAUAAAUCGCUCAUACAAUGGCAUGCCUCCUUUCCCGGCAGAAGCCGAUGUCCUACGUACCGUUGCAGAACGCGAUAAUGCCCUCGCUAUGUUGGAAGGAAGAGGAAAAGUAUACGGAAAAGCCAACAUUUCUGAUAUCUAUGGCGAAGAUAAAGAACACCGGUUUCGCGAAGAGGCCAUGAAAAAAGCCGUAAAAAGAAGUCUAGCACGACGAGAAGAAAUCCGGGCUAGAUUUCCGUUCGCAGGUGCACCAGUACCGGGCACCGUUACUGACGAUACCCACGAUAUUUCUUAUACACCAACCGAGGACGGUUCGUCAAUCCAGCGUGUUGAUAAGGAUAAUGAAGAUGGGGGGUGGAUGUGA